AUGCCGUUCGAGUGGGCCAAGUUGUUCGAAGUGAACCACCUCAUGGUUCAUGAGCUGGAUCUGGCCCUCAAUCCGCCUCAGAGUUAUCUUUUCGUCCAGGACUUUUUGAUAAUCCUAUGCGCUCUUCUCUAUGUCUUCUGCUACAUAUUUUACUCGAUUCGCACCAAACGCGACAGAUUCCUAGCGGGGCCGAUCGACUUAUUAUUCGGCAACCUCGCCUAUGAACUGUACUAUCCGUUUAUCAUGGCCCGCGGUAAGCUUCAGCUUUUUGGCUGUCUCGUUUGGUUCCUGUUCGACUUGAGGUUCAUCUACAUUGCUUUCAAGUAUGCCUGUCCGCCGGAGAAGCGCCUCAAGGUCGGCAUACGCUUUACCUUCUCUACCUGCAGUUUGGUCGCCAUUUUCUACAUAUUGGGCGUGUAUUUCCCAGAUGAUGGGGAGCAAGUCACAGCGUAUUGGACAGGUUGGCUGCUGGAGAUGCCGAUUGGAUGGUGCGCAGUGACUUGCCUAUGGCUAUACGGAGACACAAAGGGCCAGUCACUGGAGAUGUGGGUCAUGCGAUUCCCCGGUGUCCUUAGUGCUAUGGCUGUGUUCUUUUGGCGCUAUGUGAAUGUGCCUCAGAACUGGGGCUAUGUUGUGUCCUGGCCUAGUAUUGCUCUGCUGAUACUAACCGUCAUUCCGGAGCUUAUGUAUCCUUUUGUUUUUCGUAGGACGGAGCAGAAGAUGAUAAGGGAAGCUCUGGCUAAGAAACAGAAGGCGAAUUGA